UUUUAUCAUCCCGAAAGAGGAAUUCUUUUUGUCGUUUUUGUUUGCGCGAGCGAAUCGAUCGGAGGAUGUUGUUUCUUCGUCCUGUUCGUGGUUCCAGGGUUUCGAUUUGGGCGUGGGGUGGGAGGGAGUUAGAAGAUGAGCCCCACGGAUAAGAAGAACGACCAUGACCACAAUCCAUGGCAGGAAAGGGAGUCGAGGGCUUGGGGAAUUCUCCUCUUCGGCUUGAUUGGCGCCACCGUUACCACCUUCGCGGUUGGUCAGUUGCGGAGGACUGUUGGUUGGGUCUACACUCAGUUGAGCAAAUCACAACCAGGUUCAUCAUGGGGAGAUGCAACCAGUGGUUCAAAUCAUGGUGGUUUCAGGGAGGAAGCUUGGAAGAGAUACAACCGCCGAAUGCAAGAGGAGUAUGAGGAGGAGAUGGAGAGAGUGGAGCGUAUAAGGCGAAUGCAAAGUGUAUUCAAUAGAGAGAGAAAUAAAUGCAAGAGGAGCUAUGAGAGUUGGAAGCAGAAUGGCCCUGGUUCAUAUCAACAUAUUCCACGAGAUGAUUGGUACUGGCAGACAGACACAUCUUACAGAGAUCAAAGAACUAAUUAUAGAUCCGCCCCUCAGGCCGGUGGAAGUUAUUCAAUGUCACAUCACUAUUCAGUCUUGGGUCUUGACAGGUCAAGGGCAAAACCCUACUCAGAUGCUGAGAUUAAGACUGCUUUCAGAGCAAAAGCAAUGGAGUACCACCCUGAUCAAAACCAAGAUAACAAAGAGGCUGCAGAGGAAAAAUUUAAAGAAGUGAUGAGGUCUUAUGAAGCAAUAAAACAGGAGAGGAAAAAUGGAAUUUAUUGAUCCUAAAAGUACUUGUAAAUUCCGAACAUACAAACAAGAUAUACAUGUUAAUUUAAAUGGAGUCUAACCACUCCAUGAUGUUGACAGACAUUAGGGUUAGCAUUGCGGCAAUUCCUUUUCGAUUUUUUGAGCCAGAAGGACACUGUAUGACCCUCUUUACUAGCAUGACCAUGUAUGGAAAAUAGUGUUGACUACCAUUUGGUACGUAAAGUUACUACUUACUACAGUGAA